GGCGGAGGCGAGGGUCUGCCUUGGCCGACCAGGUGUUGCAACGCACCUUUUCUCGUUCGGCAGAUCUUGGCAAAACAUACUUCCUUCUUGCGGCUUGCACCUGCAGGUCGCGGUGAUGCUACACUGGUAAGGCAGACGCGUUGCAGACAUGUUGCAGACGCGGUGGAUUCUCGCGGAAUCAUGAUGGGUAUCUGUUCACGGCGUUGGAUUCGCGUGUCGGGGAAGGGGAGAAGACUAAAUCUGCCUCUGCCUUCGCCCACCUCCCGGCCGGGCUCCAAGUGACUAACCAGCAGCAGGAAGAACACACAAACGUAACUCGAGGUGGCCGCUUUCUGCCCCAGCAAGGGUAUCGGUUGCACAGAGUCACGUUUCUGACUAUGGUUACCAGGGUCGCUGAGCUCGCACCGCCCCCUUGGCGCGCCUCCAGGAACCCAGGACAUGAGAGGAAAGGACUCUUGGCGCGAUCCCACCGCCUCGCCAGUACAUAUAUCGGGUACCGUAUAAAAGGGCAGGUGCAAUCCCGCUCUCAUUUAGUCGUCCCCAGACUCGGCCGCGCCGGGAAGAAGUGCAACCAUGUGUGACGACGAGACUUGUCCCAUUGUGUGUGACAAUGGCUCCGGCAUGUGCAAGGCUGGCUUCGCCGGAGACGACGCCCCUCGCGCCGUCUUCCCCUCCAUCGUCGGCCGCCCCCGUCACCAGGGUGUGAUGGUCGGCAUGGGUCAGAAGGACGCCUACGUCGGUGAUGAAGCGCAGGCAAAACGUGGUAUCCUUACCCUCAAAUACCCUGUUGAACACGGUAUCAUCACCAACUGGGACGACAUGGAGAAGGUGUGGCAUCACACUUUCUACAACGAACUCCGCAUCGCCCCCGAGGAGUCCCCCACACUUCUCACCGAGGCUCCCCUCAACCCCAAGGCCAACCGCGAGAAGAUGACUCAAAUCAUGUUUGAAACUUUCGGUAUGCCCGCCAUGUACGUCGCCAUCCAGGCUGUCAUGUCGCUUUAUGCCUCCGGCCGUACCACCGGUAUGGUGUGCGACUCUGGCGAUGGUGUGAGCCAUCACGUCCCGGUCUUCGAAGGCUAUGCCCUCCCUCACGCCAUGCUUCGUCUCGACCUGGCCGGCCGUGACCUGACACUGUACCUGAUGAAGAUCAUGACUGAGCGUGGCUACUCCUUCACCACCAGCGCCGAACGUGAAAUCGUCCGUGACAUCAAGGAGAAGCUUUGCUACAUCGCCCUUGACUUUGAAAACGAAAUGAGUGUCGCUGCCGCUUCCUCCUCCUUGGACAAAUCGUUUGAGCUUCCAGACGGACAGAUUAUCACAAUCGGCAAUGAGCGGUUCCGUGCUCCCGAGGCCCUGUUCCAGCCUUCCUUCCUCGGCAUGGAAUGCGCUGGAAUCCACGAAACCGUAUACACUGGCAUCAUGAGGUGCGACAUCGACAUCAGGAAGGAUUUGUUCGCCAACGUCGUCAUGUCUGGAGGCACCACCAUGUACCCUGGUAUCGCCGACCGCAUGCAGAAGGAACUCGGUAACCUGGCGCCCCCCACCAUCAAGAUCAAGAUCAUUGCUCCUCCCGAGCGUAAAUACUCCGUCUGGAUCGGCGGUUCCAUCCUGGCUUCCCUGUCCACCUUCCAGGCCAUGUGGGUCACCAAAGAGGAAUAUGACGAGUCCGGCCCCGGCAUCGUCCACCGCAAAUGUUUCUAAAUGUAUAUAAUAUAAGGAUCAUAAAGCUAUUUUUGUAAAAUAAAUAAUUAAAAUGUCA